AUGGAGCGAAGCGAUCAUAGCGCUGCCGGCUCGAUAUUCACUGAGCCUAGCCAGGAAUUCGAUAUGCCAUUGUUUCCGAUUGAGCGCAGCGAGCUGGCCAAUAGUCUCAUUGAACGGCUUCGAAACCGGUAAACAUCAAACUUUAUACCACACUUUCUGCGCAAAAUAAUCGCACAAUAAUUGUUCUUGGAGGUGGAGGAUGUCCAAUAAUUUUUAAUAUCUUGCUUUUUAUUUUCAUCUCAAUAUUCAGUUUACAAACGGACUGUUUCUGUGCCAUCUAGGGAGUGUUUUUGCCGUUUUUUAAAUCCAAUAAGUCUCAGAAUACUUCCGAAUUAUGUGAUAUUUCGCCUCUGUUCAAAUAAGUUUUGGCCCAAAGUUUUUGGUGGGCCUGAAUCUGGCCUCUCUUGUUGACCAUCAUCUUGGCCGCCGCACUUUUGCAAUUUCCAAAGAGGCUGCUAAGUUCGCAUUCCAACGCACGCCCAACAUACUGCUUACACAGGAUGGAUUUAUGAUCAAUGACGUGUGACUCGUAAUCCGCGGUAGACUUGCAAACAUCAUCUUUCCAUUGACUUUUUGCUUGUCUUCGAACGGUAAAUAUGAUCAGUGGGCGCCUUUCGUCUCCUGAAAAACCAGAUCUUUCAUUGUGAACCAUUAUACGCAGAUUUAAGAGUCACAGGGUUAAGCAGUUUUUAUGCUGUAAAGAUUGCACCAUGCGUUGACUUCGCGCAGUGGUGUUGAGGGAUGGCUGUAGAAUCCGUCUUAACUAUUAUUGGAGAAACUGCCGAGACCGCACUUUGUAUAUGGUGCCGGCCUUGCCGCCAUUGCUUUCUUUCGAAACUUUUCCACAAACGCAUAAGCUAUGCAUAGAAAUCGAAUUAAGGUGGAAUUGGGGACAUAUCGACCUUUCUCCCUUUAAUGACCAAACACCUUUCUUUUAUAGUGCAUGAUCUCUUCGCAGUCAUUCACGAACAUGAUUUUUCUAAAAAAGUUCUACUGGUAUUCCUGCCUUCACUUUUAGCUCUCGUUUCUACGUUUGUAUUUAGCAGGACGCCUCUCACCAUGCAUUUAGAAAAAAAAUAGUUGCGGUCGCGAUUACUGACAGUCAUGUAGGCAGCCAGAUUCUCAGCUCCUCCCAGCAUAGCUUCUUCUCAGACCGUCAUUAAGAAACCUGUCACUGGUCUUUAGUAAAUCUCUUCACUUAUCCACAUUACAGACACCUAUCAGCGGCCGUUAUUUGCAUUUCGGCAAACCAUUCCAUAGGGUGCCACGCAGGAGCUUGCGUGAGAAAGGAGGGUCACGAAUCUCACAUCGGCGAAGCCGCAUUACAGGCGUUCUAAAUAGGCAUCCUUACAACCUCGCCCCAGUCCCGAGUAGGGCCGACUUACCCAAUCAGUCUCCAACCUUCCAAGUCACAAUUGUUUGGCUCACAGCGAUUAUUUUAAAGAGUGUAUGUUUGUUUCUGGUGGGAACACUAGGCACAAAGUCCAAGAUGAAUCGACCUAAUGCGCUCUUUUCUCUUUAAAGAACCAAUGGCAGGCUCGAGUCAAGCCGACCGGGAUCAAAAUGGGCUUUCGUCGUCUAGAACAUGCCACACGACCUCGGAUCUCACGGGCAUGACAGGGUUCAUUAGAACUACAUUAAUAAGGGGUCAUUGCAGUCGGACUGUCGUUCAGCGGGAAAACCGAGUCGUUUUGUCAACUGGCAGCCCCCUCAAGCCACAACUUUAGCGCGUCGUGAUAUCUUUCAAACCACUGCAUCUAUUAAAUUGAAAAAUCCAUUAAGUUAUCAUGCGAAAUUCCUUUGUUGUUGCGUCUACUCGUUCUUACAUCUCCCACAAAGCAGUAGCCUGUCCGAAGCGAUCAGUCGACUGGUGAUGAAGUUGAGGUCGGUGGUCAGCGUGGCGUAGACCUCUGUUCAACACGUACCAUGCAAUUGCGUGGCAAUAGUUAAGAUCAAACGCAGACUCAGAGCAGCCUGACUAACACAUAUUAAAAGCCACAAUGGCUCAUAGGUGGUCUGGUUCUGCAGCAACACAGCCUGUUUGAAGGGCCUAGACUGGAGCACACCAAGGUCAUUAUGGUAUUCGACGAUAAAAAAUUCGAUAUAAAUCACCCUCGCAGUCAUGCCGUUCCUCAGUUCUCUUGACCUCCUCUUACCUCUGAAGGAUAACCGGAUUUGAGAACUGUGGCUGCGGUCGAUGCUACUGAUGCCGCCCUCACUGUGAUGCAAUUCUAUCGGAGGUGUCACUGUCACUGUAUGUACCGCAUCGGCCAAAAAGUCGUCACUAUCACUGGGACUCGUUCUUUGCAGGGUCUUGAUAUCUAACUGCGUUCAAUCCUCUAUGCUUUUUGAAACACCCUGUGAUACAAUUGGUUAUGCCACAUUUUCCUUCCGCGCGACCAGUUACUGUAUUGCGCAAUUUGGUUUGCGUGGAACCAAACAACACGCAAUAAGGCAUGUAGUACAGUGUAAACGAAAACUGUCGACAACCACCUUGCGACUGCUACUGAUACUAUUAUUCAGCCUAGCAUUAGACAGGCUAAACUUUCGUGGCGGCGGAUGACUGAGCCCUAUUGAUGACUGGCAACGGUCACGAAACUGCUUCCAGUUCCUCCAGCACAUUUUUUUACUAUGCUUUUGUUUAUAUAGCUGAAUGGAGAGGCAUAACUGAGACUUUUAUGUCUGGCUUCACCCUGCUAGACUGUCGUAAUUUAGGUUUUAUGAAACGAAAUGCAAAGAAAUGGUUGAAUGUGUAAAGAGGAGUAUGCGAACUCCCAACUUAGCACCAUAUAUAGGUGCACGAAAGGACGUUACUUACUGGUGUUGUAUAUCUCGUGACACACAGCAUACAGUCGGUGGCUAGACUCAUGAAAAACUGGCGGAAAUGUAAAAAAUAUAGCCGGAGUUAGAGAAGAUUGUCUACUUGAACCCAUAAUACUCAUUGUGCUGCAACGUAACCCCACGGUGAUUCAUAUAUGCAAACAUGUUGGACUUUGAGUACGUCGCCACCUGCGAGUCAUGUACAGCCUUUUUUCCAGCGACUCUUAAUUCAUUUAUGAAUUCGAAUGUGUUUUGCAGAAAGUAUGCGAAAAACAUCCCUCCCUGCACUCUGUUUUGUAGAAAAUUGAGCCUUUUUAAAAAUGUUUACUUGGGAGAAGUGUAUCUUUUAACUGUAAAAAACUCUACCGAUUUGUCAAUAGUUCCAAAACGUCUGCCACUGCACCUGAGUUUAGGGUUUCAAAUUACACGCGAUAAACUUUUCACCUGAAGAACGGCAUAUAUUCUUCUAUGCUCUUAAAAAUAAGCCAUCUAGCGCUCACGAAGUUUUCUAGUAGAUAUGGAUCGCACCCUAUAUUCCAAGUGAAGCAUUAAUAGGAACUCCGGUACGAUUUGACUCCAGUAUCAAUUUAACGGUCCUAAAAUCAUUCCUGAUUUCAAUCUUUUUCUAACCAAAAUAUGUCCCUUCAGCAAGUAGAAUCUUUAAAUAAAACGUAAUUCCAUGCAAAAGGAAUAUGAGAAGGGAUGCCUUCGUGACCUUUUCUGAAAAUUUGUUUGGGUUUAUAAAUGCAUUGAAAUCGACGGGAAAGUGAAGGCUACCUAAACGGCCGUUUUUUAAAGAGUGUGAUCUUCACCAGUGGCCGAAGAGAUGUUAAUUAAAGAGCAAGCAUCCCUGUAUGUACGAAGUUCCUUUGGACCAUUCAUAACCUAAACCUUCUUCUACCACUUAACCUGGCGUUUUAGUGAUUUUUACCACCUACUACUUCACCAAACUGCGUGUUUGCUGACCGACCAAAUUCACUUCAACCAAAGUGAAACCCUUUCACACACACGGGCCCAUUUGCUGACUUCGUUGCCAGCCUUCAGCUCAUUUAGCAGCCUUUGAGGAUAACUCUAUUCUCUUGGUCUCCAUGAUAGCAGUCCCCUGGGCAUUUCCGCAGACCUGGUGGACGGAAGAACUGAUGAGGAGGUGGCUGGCGGAGGAGGGGGAGGCGCCCGCUUCCACCUUCCCUCACCCACCGCCAGCGAGGACGGUUUUCUGGACAAGCAGGCCCUGGAAAAGCUCAGUGUCCUUCUCUCUUCCUCAGCGACCUCAGCCGGUCGCGGUGCUUCAACACCUCCUGCUCACCUUUCUCCUGCCGCGCGUUGCCGAGUCGGUCCUGGUUUGGAUGACUUUGAGACUUUUGAUUUCAACGAGGAGACGGCAGACAUGCUGACAGCCACUUCACCACGGCGUUGUCAGCCCGAAAGUCAUCUUGCCGGCUCUCAGCCUCUGGCGUCAGGGGAGACGUUGGGGCUAACCGCCUUGGGCGUACCACCGCGGGAGACCCCAACCUCCGCCACUGCUGCCAUUAAUGAGCCACCUAUUGUCGAAUACCAACGCGUCUGCAUUGGGAGUGACGACACAUAUGCGGUAAGGCCUUCCUUCUGUCCCUGUUUCUUUCAAUUACUGCAACUACAAUUGAAAAUGUCAAAAUUGUUCUAAAAGUUAUGUGCAUUUGUACUAUAGGCGGACGGACACCGAACGCUGUUGUUUUCUUGUUAACUUAUUCCUUAUUAAAGGGGUCUUUUCGCAUAACAAUGUUCGAAAAGUUUGCGUUGCUCCUCAAGACCACGUCAUUUUUUAUUUUCUCUGGGUCAGUUGGUGACUGAUGGAACUUAUCUCUGGUUAGGUCCAGGUGGCGCAAAGCUUGAUGAUAUAGUAAGGCUUUUUGGUAGACGAUGAUUAGUUGCCUUCUGUAUCCCAAGUUUAAUCUGAAAGCUGCAACAGUCGUCGCACUUAAAGGGAUAUCAGCAGCCUCCACCUUUCUACAGAUAAAGUUUAUUAUCACUGCGUGAAACUUGAAAAACAAAAUCUAUCACGCACAUACUCCGACUCAGUUUACAAUGCACAAUUUGUAAACAAUAGAGACUUCUCGUCGGGUUUCUUCCAAGGGGGGGGGAGGGGAUCUGAUCAGUUCACUCUUUGGUUACAGUCUUCAAUCAGCAGAUGAUACUGCAGGUGUGGGCAAGAUUCUACACAGGCCACCACGCCUCAUCAAAUAUCCUUCUGUACGCUGCUCUGACCGGCACCCUUUUCCCACUCCACAAUUCGUUUGUCCUUUUGGCAGGGGUGUACUUGGCACGAAAUCUCACUAAUCGUCUUGUGCGACCCUCCACUGUGCUUCCUUAGGCUUAAUAGCAUGCUGGCAUUGAGUUGCAAAACUUUCGGUCCAUCCGUGCUCAUUACAGUGCAAAAAACACUGUGCAGGCAAUGCAAAUUUUUUCCCAAGGUGUUGAAACGCCUGUAUGCAUCAACUGUGAAUUUCUAGAAGCUAUGAAUGUGUAAUUCAUCUUAAUCAUUCACUGCGCCAUCUUUGGGGGUAAUUAAAAAUGCAUAUUAAGGGGAUUAGGUCAUUCAUGGAUGUUUUGAAACACCAUCGGCCUUCCUGAGGUUUUCAAAGUGCAUACUGUGUAUUCUCUGACGUCAUGUACUCCCCUAUGUUCCUGUAAAGAGGGCUCCUGAUAGCCUUAGUGCUGUAUCAAAAAUGAGACGAGUUCUUUACCACACAGGCAUAAUUAAUAAACUCGCACAUGCUAUAUUACAUGACUAUGCACUUGAAGACCUCAGAAAUUCUAGUAAUUUCCGCUGUUUAGGCGUAAAUAUCCCCUUCCAAUUUCCGACAAAGUGGUUGUGGGAUAUGAAAAAAGCUGAAGCAUGUUUUCAAAACGCCAAAAAGCAAACUUGAAAAAGAUAUACAGGUGUGCUUACUUGCACGCUGUCUUUUUCCCGAUCGCAACGAAUGCGGGGGCAGAAGCAGCUCUCAGUCAAAAGUAGAGAUGCUAUCAUAUAUUCGGUAGCUUGGGGUCCUCAUACUAAUCAACACGACAGUCUCACUUUUUCUGUUUUACCUGAAGGCACAUGUAAAAAUGUCAGUUAGUGUCCCGUAAGUUCCCGCGCCUAUUCAACUCUCAUUCUCCUGGAUUUUCACUAUGGAACGGAAACCCAGCUUGGUAGGGGACGGGAGUAAUUACUCCCCUGUAUUACAGGUGGCUUUGCAUCAAAUUCCAGAGGGGUUGGGAGUUAGGGUUAAAGUUACGACACGAGGAAAGGUGCUCCUCUGGGAUUUUGCUCAAGGUCGUCCGUAGUUUUGGGGGAGGGGUACUUAUUCCCAUGUCCAACCCCCAGAUCUUGACUGGAACUUUCCUCCCUACUUUUUAAUCUUUUUACGUUCUUUCCGUCUCCACUCCCUCAGACAUUCUUUCAAUCCUUAUUACGGACUUAUUUACACUUUCUGCAGUCUGCAGUUUCCCCUACCCAACAGACCAGCCUCUUCGACCCGGACGAUGAAAUUCAGGUGUGACUUCACAUUCGUAGUCAUUCUCCUAUCGUCACCCCUGUGUGUAAUAGAUGUGGUUUUUAUGUGCAUGCGUUUGUGUUAGUAUGUCCACGUCCACAUGUCCACGUGCUUCAGCACCUCAUCGACGGAGUCAAAACCCAUCGGUGUUUAACUUGUACGUGCGUCCGCGUUUGACCGUGGUGAAAGUUUCAGGUUCGUCCCUUUUGCAGUGGCCCGAGUCCUGGUUGCACGUCCAGAACCAACGUUUUCUCCUCUCUACCGGCUUUUACCACGCACUCAACAAACUCAACUUCUGACACCUUGAUGACAGCGGCCAAGCUGCUUUUUUAGGCGAGAUUAUAAUUGGGGGGCCGGGGGAGACUAUUUCUGUCCCUUCAGCCACGCAAUCCAAACUAAGGUAUUUUUGACCAAGGCGAAGGCGACAAAGCAUGCAGAAUUUAAUGACGUCAUAAAUUUCGAGACCUCUCAUUCAGCUGCACACGGUCAUUGCAUGGUUAUAUGACAAGGCAACGCCAUCUUCGUCAACCCUGCCAUAACUUACGCAGCGACGUUGGCGACCACCACAGCUUCACUCCUACCACCGAGCAAAGCUCUCUCCACGACUUGUUAAUCAGCACCCUUACGAUUACCACACCGAUCUUCAACGAUAUGGACUCGGUCCUAACGUGUUCCCAUUGCGAUCGCACAUUCAUCCAACGUAUCAGCCUGGUCGGUCACUUAUGAGUUCAUCUCGCUGCGACCGGUGCACCAGUGCCAGGACCUCCUACAUAUACUCGUCGCAUCCGACUUCAUUGUCCACCCUGUCCACGCACGUUCGUACACCGCAUGGACCUCUUUGGUCACAUGUUUAUCCAUGAGAGCGGAAUACACCGCUGUAUCGACACACCUAGUGUGCCCUGCACAUGAACUAUACCACUCGUCCGCAGCCCAGUAAAGGUUCCAUCGAACAGAGCGCACGCCGCUAGCAGCGUCGCAACAACAACCGACCCAACACCUCCCAACUUAUCCUGCCCACACCGCACAUUCGCCUCACGCAUCGGCCUGAUCGGCCACUUGCGAAUCCAUAGCACAACGACCGACGAACCAAUGCCUGGGGCGCCGACACACACCAGACACCAUCACCUCCAUUGCGCGCACCGUCCCCGCGCUUCCAGCCGUCGCAUAGGCCUGCCCGGUCACAUGCACAUUCGUAAAAACCUUCGGUAGUUCAUCGCGGACAUGACCUCAUCAUCACGCAUUUCCUCAUCAAAACUCAAACACCCCACAUCAUCGGCACAUCUCACGUAGGUGGGAAGUGUGCUUUUCGUCUUCUUUCCCCACAUGGCUCCUUUGUUGCAUGUGAGAUCUGAGCUUUCCAUCCCCUUGUGUGUAAAAUCCCGGUGUGUGCGUAUGGGGGACCAAGUCAUGUGCGUGGCGAGUGCAGAUGAGCUAUCUAACUCUGUCAGCCACUGCGCUCACUUACGGCAUCAGACAUCUGACCGGCUCGGAGAGUGGAUUGGUGGGUGGGAGUGGGAAUAGAGAGAGCGAGGUCGGCGGUCUCGGCGCAUAUUCCUCACCAUAAACAAUUUGACGAGUUCUUGACUCGGUCUUAACACCGGAUCCGGGUUGGGGAGAAGGAGAGAGUGUGAUAUAUGCUUUGAAAGUCAGCCAUCACUGUAGACCCAUUCACGCGCGAGUCACUGUGCCUGCUCUCACCCUGUGGUGUAGUACACGGCGGACGUCGUCAGAAUCGACAUUCGAAUUGCCUUUCCGGACCACGCUAGUUCUCCCCGCUUUUGAUGGGAGAGCUGUGAAUUUGGUGUCUGGAGCAUUUUCUUCGUUUUAGCUGUUGUAGCCCAACAGGUACAAACUGUUUUAUUGCUGCCAUGGCAUCCUACCGAUUUUAGCGGCCUAGCGAGUAACGAGUCAUUGUGAUGCUCCCGUUUUGCUGAACGAAGUCGUGCUGAUGUCUGACAGUCUAAGGAUAAAAAACAUCCCAGAGGAUAUCGUCAUUUCAAAUUCAACUUCAUAGUCCAGUUGAACUUACGAUAGCCUUUUCUUUAGCGGCCCUCAUGAAAGACGGAAACGAGAACCACCCUUGGGCAGGAAAUCGAUUCGUCAUCGCGUUUAGUUAUAAAUUUAUUUCGAGAUCCUUAUUAGUUACUGCUAGUGCGAAGUUUUUACGCUCUUCAGGAAUUCAGCCCAUCUUUUUCUUUUUUAAAUAGUCCUCCUUUGCACGUAUGGUUCACCUUACUCACACUGUAAUUGUUACUUCCGUCGUCGACUUCCUUAACUGUCAUUAUCAGAGUCUGCUAAUUGUAACCGACGGGGGACAGAUUAUGCGGGUGAGAGAUGGAGGGCUUUGAGGGUCAACGUUCGGGCGUACGGGAAGGUGUCCGACGGUCAGACUAUCGUUGUAGGUGUCGCAUUUUGGCGGGAAACAAUCACUGUGGACGCACCUAGCCUAGCCGGAUAUUGAGCAGGUUGAGCCGGCUUAGCAGCAGCAGAGGGGAGUUAGACGCUGAAAAGUGCAGGCGAGCAUUGUCAGCAGCGUGCGUUGAUUCAGGUUUCGCAGCUGCUUCACCGGACGAUCCAUCUUUUGCACCUACACCGGAGUCCCAAGCACUGCACAGGUAAACAAGCCGCCGCCACAGCGUCUUCGUGGUUAUUACUGCUGUUGUUACGGCGAAUGCGGUGUCUAACAGAGCCAUUAUAGGCCCAGAGCUUUAGUCGGUAGUGAUGACAAGCAAAAAGGGUAGAACGCCAGCAGCAUUGCCGAUAGAAGCGAAGAGACGAGUUCCAGGAAGCAAAUAAAGAGAAGAUGCGGACAACGAAUCUAUUCUCCUGGCAUUUCGGAUUCUCAUCCAAACCCAUCAUCAGGUACGGUCGCAGAUGAUGAAUCCGAUUGAGAAUCCAAAACGUCAGGGGAAUAAACUUUUUGUUCCAAUGACCGCGUCUUCUUCUGCCAGCAACUUUGCUGUUCCGUGUUCUAGUCUUUAACUCUUGCCAUUUCUACUUUCUCAUCUCUUGCACGGUCGUCUCUAAAGAUUGCAGCUCCAUCCCGUUGUGGGUAAUGCGGGAAUCAUGUUUUCUCUAAUCUGUCUUCAGAUCAGGGAUUAGAUGGUUCGUUAGUUGCAGCGACCCCACAGUGUAGAAGGCGCCCAGUGGAUACCUUUUGUUCAACCUCAAAACUUCUUGCGAAAAAUGGACUGAUGAUGGACAAAAAGUAUCCCAACCAGUACAAGAGAUGGUCGCGCAUAACCCAUUCAUUGUCGAGGAGGUAACCUAAGAGAGCCGACAGUGCCUCUACAAAGCACGAUGCACUGCACUAUCACACUCAUUUAUGGUGAAGUGUUCCAGAAAAUCGUGUCAAUGAGGAGAUGGCUCGGCUCAGCAUUCGAAUACAUGCUAUGGCCGGACCAAGGCGCACAAUCAGUGGGAGUGAGCCAUUAGUGUCUGCUUUUGCAUCAAGUUCUGAGACGCAAAGGUCCCCUUAAGAAAGCGAAUAUUGAUCGAUUUGGACAUCUGCAACAGAGCAGUUAUGGUCUGGUAAUUGGACCAAGCUUAGAACGGCUAUAGUAUUACCGGAAUUCCGGAAUAUAAGACACCGGCAAGUUUGGACAGGCUUCGAAAAGGACCAAACAGUUUGCGGCAAGCUUUUUCAAUGGACUCCGAGAGUCAGUGCAUGACCCAGUGGUUUUUUGAAGCAGCAUUUCCCUGUAAUGGAUUGAAAGCAAGCAUAGACAGCAGAAUUUAUUGGACACCUGCCUAAAUGACUUCUAAAACAGGAGAAUAAAGUUCCACGGCCUUCUAUUACAAAGCACCUCCUUGAUAACGGUUAUUCGGUUGACCCCAAAACAUCUUUUUGAGUAUUAGUUUGAGCACGAACAACUCGGUUACUGCGCUACUUGGAGGCAGCCUACAUACGGCGGGAGAAACCCGACCUAUGUAAGCAGUUGGACCACAUGGUCAACCUCAGCUUGCCCUGGCAGAUCUGAGCCCUUUUGAUUUGCGAAAUCACUCGGCGUGUCAACUUCCCACUUUCCUUUCCUAUGCCGCGUUUUCAAGUUACCACUUUAUCGACUAGUCUACGUGCUGUGUACGAUGACUUUGCUGUUCUAUAUUUUGAUUUUUUCCCUGUGGAAGUUCCAACCUCUGCAUCUUUCUCAUUUGAUAUCGCUGUUGUGUAACGUCAGGCUGCAGUUGAUAAUUCGUUGCGAAAUAUAUUGGUUCCAAUAAAUUCUGCUGUCUAUGCUUGCUAAGGGUUUUUAGCGAAGUUGUAUUUCUUCGGACCGCACAGACCCUUUAUUGAAAAAAACUCGUAUAUUUACUCCCGUCCCACCGCCGCCUGGGGGGGGGGGGGGAGAGACAGGUGAGGGCACUGGUUCUCAUCGACACCGUGGCCCUAGCGUCAUCUCACGAAAUGCACUUAGUUCGCUAUCAAACUCCAUACCCGUUUUUUGAUGAGGCUUUCUUGCUAUCUCUAGGACGGGGCCCUGCUUGCUUACAAAACAACGAGUUAGUGAAGCCUUAUCUGCUUGUCCUAUUACUGUCUUGGCUCACUUGCCAUAUCACCUUUCCGUUACACCGUUAUUACUUUUGCCGUCCAAAUUCAGACCCACUUUAUUCGCCAUAUCACACAGGGCAUUUCACAAGGAAUUUUCCACUAUGUGCCACCAGUUGUGCCGGCGCUUAGGGCUCCCUCUUUCGAGAAGGGCAUCGAAGAAUUUGGUUCACUCGGCCAAUGCAGAAAGCAGUUUUUGCUGUCUGCGCAAAGAUAGUCUGACGUUGCCUGCUUGCGCUAAUACCCAGUUUUAAAUCCUUCUUGAGCCCUGCGUGAAAAGCCAAAUCCGAGAGUUCGUCUUAACAUAUUGAGGAUUAAAGCGGAUGAUUCUGUGUAAGUGCUUUAAAUUACGGCCUAUGUAGUGCAUGGUUUUUUUUCUGAUGAUCGAUUCCUGAAUUAUCGCUUCCUCCAAACCGAAACCUAAAGCCACCUUUCAGGCGACCAGGUGGAAAGAUGGUUGUAAAAUUUUUUCUACUUGAUCGACACUUUAGAUAUCAUUAAAAGCGGUAGUUGAGCUAUAACCAGCAACUGCGGUCUCAUCCAACUGCCGAAUUACAGCUAACAACCGGAUCAAAAAUUUUGAUCCGUCGACCUUAUCUAUUUCAAUUAGCCUGGGAGCUUUUUAGAUUACUGAGUAACCACAUUUAGCGUUUAACGGUUGACAGUUGAAUGUCCGAAAUGCCCUUUGGUGAAUAGAGGACUGGCUUACUUGCCAGGAACUUCAAUGUUUACAUACUCAUCUCAUAGGUGGGGCAAACAAAUCAACUUUUUAUCUCCACUCGAAAAAAAAGUCGACUUCUAGCUUAGGAGGUCCUAUUGGGAGCCGUUGAGUGCUGCUACCUUAAUGCUCUACCAGCAAAUAUUUCAUAUUUUCCAACUAGUUUAAACGCUAAAGGGGUCAACAACUGACCGUCUUGAUUGUUGUGGUCAGUAAACUCAGGUUCAGUUUGUUUCAAAACGGCCAAUCCAGGUCUUGUAACUUGCAUUAACAUGACAACGUGUCCACCUGGAUUUCCUUUGGGAGGAGUGUUUCUGCGCCCUUCCUCUCUGUCUCCCUCUGUCCAUGGGCUUUGCUUCAUUACAUGCCGGAUGAUAACUUAUCCUCCUGGGCCUACAAGUCUGGCGCCGGUGGGUGUCCAACUGUCAGAAUUUCCUCUGGUCCUGUCCUUAACACCUUGCCUCCCCUAGCCCAUCUCUUCAUCAUGCUCCCUCUCAGUUUAGUGCGCCGGCUUACCAGCAGUGGCGCGAGAGAAGAACGUUUGUCUGACCUUCGAAGAUAGAGGCAGAAGGAAAUCAGCGGUUGUACACGUAGACAAACUAGCGCAAUCAGUUUCAGUUAUUAGGAAGGUCGAAUGUUGGUGGAGUUUUGCCAUGGUGUCGUAGAAAAUCCACCGUCUACUGAAAUUUGCUGGGAAAUAUCUCAAACGAUGAACUCCAAUGUAGAUCGAUGCCUUUGGAGUGUUGGCCUAGCUGCUGCAGGCUCUUCCAGAUGGGCAAAAGUAGUCACUAGGCGAGAUUUGAAGGAAUGUGAUGGGAAACCACUUUCUACACCAUGGCACACUGGUUCUCGACGGAGCAAACUGUUUAAAUUCCCCUCCGAAAAGACGAUUAAAUUAGCAGUGCUAGCACGUUCUUUCGUUUUUCAAGGCCUGCAUGAAGUCACUCGUCACUUAUGAAGAGGACACCCAAAGAGCAUUCCUUACAUCCAGAUCAUAUAACACCGCAUCUUUUAUACUGUUCUCUCAGGAAGCAUUUAUUUCGAUUCUGAGAGAGGCUUUUUCGAUUUCUAUAUAGUUUAAAACACUUUCUGCGUCUCCAAUUGUUCCUAAGGUUCCAAAACUACCCUACCCUUAAUCCAAAUCUGAUGAGUUUACCUGUUUGUAUAAAGGAGCCUUGUGGUUUUGGAAGAUUAUUGGAAUGGGUAUUUAUUAAUACUGUCUGAUGAAUGGUCUCUGGUGCUGUCUGUGAUGAUUAAUUCGAGCGUGAAUUUCAAACGUCUGGAGGAUAAAAUCCUGAUUUCAGGGAUGUUGUCCCUUUCCUAACUUCUUAAUGCUGUUCGCGUAGGAAUGGUAGACUAUGCGAAUAAUCGCUGGACUUUGCUUUUGGCAGGUGAUUGGAACGAUUUCCGUCUAAAAGCUCCCAUCCUAUCCCGAAGAAAUGACCUAAUUAUGCUCACUGACAAUUAAAUUUGCAGUCUUACGUAAACAUUUAUUUUCAUUUAAAAGCCUGCCGAAAAAAGUUUAAUUUCUGUACAAACAGUCCAUCCGUAAUCUGGCUUUUUCUGAAACCUGUUUGGUCUGAGUGCAUCUCUUCGCACCUGCUGAAAAUACCCCAAUUUUGAUUAUAUUUUUUCCUAGAAAAACAGUUCCGAUAAGAAGCGAUUUUGGGUUGAACUGUGAUGGACGAUCUAUGGGCAGUAUUCAACCUAAUGAGCAAGCGUUUGGCCAAGUACCACAUCUUAAGGCGUGAUAAGGAACGACUAGAGAGAGAUCGUGGUGGUCGUUUCUGGCUUAUUCGCCGUUUUCGGCCAACCAUACUCCAACCCCAGGCAGAACAGAGGCGAUGUCUAGACCCCGUCCUACUUGGCUGUCCAAGGAAUUUCCGAGCACAAGCCACGAGCCUACUCUCUGCUGGUUCUACUCAGGAGGCCGUCUCGUUGUACAAUGCACACGUUUAUACGGAAGUUGACGCAGGCGACGAGAGGCAAAUCAAAAUUUCCUAAAGCUAGUUGCUAGAUAAAACCAGCUGGUCAGGACUCCGAUGUGAGGGCAGUGUGCGAGAGCACUUAGCUACUCCAUGAUUUUUAAAAGCUACUCGCCCUGCGGACGACACAUGCUGAGUUGUGCGGGAUAACUGCUCUCCUCCCGUCAUGCCAUUACAAAAGAGAAUAAAGUCGCCGAGAUAUAGAAGGGACCAAAAACAAUCACUGGCGUUAGAGCUGGAUGCUCAAAGCCUCAAGGACCACGCCCUUGUAGGCAAGACAUCCAGCGGUUUCCAACCCCUUAUUUCUUAAAAAUAUGGCCUGGCAAAUGGCGCAUUUGUUGAAGGGAAGGGAUGUCGGGAGUCCUCUAGACACUUUGGUUAGCAGAGACAGGCUCCUAGUGACGGGAGUAUAAGACGAAAGGAGUCUGUAUUUGUCUUUCGGUGGUGGACUCGGAUGUGACAGUUUUUUGGGGCCAACAACACUUUCUUGGGCGUGGCACGUGUCCGUGAGGUGAAUUUUUGCCAAGACAGGCACUAAAGUCCCACGAAAACAGUGAAAAUAACCACACCCCUUUCACUCAGGGGGAUGGCUGGCCUGAAAGACUUUCCCAACAAGUGCGAGGGCGUCUGAGACCAGUCACGAAUAGAUGUUUCAUUGGUAGUAUACUCGAUUUUUUUUGUAAGUAAUUUUGUAAAACAUAUGUUCCAACAUCGUUGGGGUUCCUUCGGAGGAUUACAAAUUCCCAGUUAUUUAUUGGGCCUAACCACAGACAGCACUCGGAGUAAGAAUGUCCUCAUUGUUUCCAGUUAUUUACCAACCUUAAUUAGUCUUCGUGGUUUAAAAGUCGCUCUGAUUUAUUUCAAUGUUUUCAGUGCGCAAGACGUUAUUAAUCGUCAUCCCUUUGCAAUAUCGUAUUUUGCGAAAUAAGCCCUAGACUUUAGCCCCAGUAAAUUAGUUACCCCGCAUGUCCUCGUGCUGUUUUCAGAUUUUCUUGUGACAUGAUAAUCCCUGGUCCCUAGCCGUAACGGCUUUUCUCUUCUCACUCGACUUAAUCCGAUGGCUUGACAGCCUCCGCAAGACUUAAGCACUUGACAGCCCAAACUGCACACUGAAUCAAUCCUGACGUUCAUAUUUUGUGCCCGAUUACUUAAGGCCCAGGCAAAACAUCACUACAGGCGUUUUGGGCUGAGAAUGGGAUCACAAAAAGUGUUUAGCGUGUAGUGUGGCGGAAAGCCUUUUCAGGAAAUCGCUGAAACCCUGUGGCUGAGCUUUCAGCUACUGUCUCUAUUCGAAUUGCAAGGAAGCGACUUUCUGCCAGAUGCGAGCACCAGGCAGUUUUCCGCUGAACUGAAGCGUUUGCGCGAAAAGUGGUAUCAAACCUGGCGAACCCCGCCGGACAGUUUUAGUUACUUCCCUCGGAUGAAAUUGCAAAAUAUCUUCUCAGUCGACUUGGACUAAGGACUAGUUUCUACGGGUCGCCCAGGCAUUUAAGCUCCACGCGAAAACUCUGAGAUGCACGAGUUACUACACCGUCGCGACUAGAAAACCAAGGGGACUCCCCUUGAGGAGGGACACCUUGCGAUCCAAAAGCUGCCAUUAUCAGUAUUUAAUACCUGACGCGGUUCGAUGGCGAAACUAAAAAAACUCGGUUGUCCAAACGGUCUUGUUCAGACAUUUGUGCACAACAAAUCUUAUAAUUGUUUACAAACCAGAUAUUGUGUGAUUUUAACUGGUCAUUUUGAAAGGGGCUCGGUUCUUACGGAAAGACUGUAGAAACCUACUUGCCGUCGAAGUGUGCUGUACGAAAAAUGGCUUCGCAUGAGUACAUUUAGAGAUUUUGGCCGCUGCUUCCUGGGUUUUGGCGUGAACUCCAGGAAAGUGAGCCAUAGUCUCUGGAGGCAAAAACAACUUGGCGUUUGGUUGCUCCUCAAGACAACAGCUCUUCAGUGAGGAGGAUUUCCGUGGUUUCGCUACGCCUGCUGAUGAAUGUGCUCUUUGGCCUCUGACCCUUCCACCCAAAACGGAGUUGUCAGACUGUAACUUUAGGGGAGGCAGAGAAGAGGUUGGGCAAACUGAUUUCGGGGCAUUUUGUCCUCCAUUCCGUUUGCGGAAAUAAUAUAUAGGUAUCGCCAAAGUUAAUGGGAUAUUUUUAACUCUGCUGAGAGUUCUCGAGUGGUUUCUUCAGACAGGGCAUAUAACUGCCACCUCUAUUCUACUAACCGCUCCGCAGUUUCGCUCUCUGUGCUUCCCGUCUGCCCUCCAAGAAUGUGUACUUGGACGUCUAUCGCAACGCACUACUACCGAUUUAAACGCAAUCCGAUCGUCUAAAGCCUAUCUAUUUCUGUUCUUUUUACUCCAGGUCCCAAUGGAUGAUCUGCACGAGGCAGCAAUGGCCUUGCUUAAGGCCAUGGAGUUGCGGAAGAAGUACAUGAACCUUUCGAAGCAGACACACGCCAGCAUCGCCACCCGAUACAUGACGAUGGCUCGUCUGGGGUCUAGAGACCAGCUGGACCCACGCAAUGACAGGAAGUACUACACCGCUCAGACACCCGUGCGAGGUAUGUGUGCGCUAUUUCAGUCCCCAAUGUGUCCCUUUCUGUCCGCAUAGUCAGGACUUUUGAGACGAUGGGCUUCGUCCAGAGAAGGCAGCAAUGCUCGGUCCGAUCGGGAAGUUGUAUUCUAAACGCUUUUUGGACGGAACUCUCUGCAGUUAUUUAGGGGUGGGACACGGACGUCUAUUGACACUUUCCUUGUCUCCAAACCUUUCAAGAUUGAUAUGAUACGUAUCGAAUCUACUUUCGUUUCUGCAUCCUCUUACUGGCGCCGGUGAUCUAUUAACUGGACCCCUUUCCAAACAUUUGCUUAAGACCUGGAGUCAGAGAGUGGAUGAAAUUAAUUGUCCUUACGGAAAAUUUUUAUCUGGUUCGGUAUAUGGUUCAGGAUUCUCUUGUGCCGCAAGCUGUUUGGACUGUCAGGAGGACACACAUGCGAAGCAUUUCAUGUAAGCACUAGGUAGAGGAACGAGUCUCAAGGGUUGUGUGCGUCUGCUAUGCCAUGAUCAGCAAACCACGGUCCUCACAGCCUGGUGUGCGCUGGCAGUCCUCCGGUGCCCUAUUCUCUGCCGGUAGAUGCGCUUGCGCUCCCGCUGGGCAUGCAGAUCGCGUGCAUGGUUGUCGGGUCAUCCCCGUCUUUCUGUUGUUCUUAUUGUUGGUUAAAAUCCUAAUCAAGUGUUUGCCGUGAAUCAGGGAGUGUAGAGUGGUACGCCUAUGUGCGGGUCCGGCCGCGCCGUCCGCUUGCACCCUUCCCCUCCCCUGCCUUCGGUCUCCCUGACUUUGCCUUGACACCGAGCCCAGGUGCCUGAGAAGGAGAGAGUGCGGCAGAUGCUGCGAAAGUCCACCCUCACUGCAAACUAAUUCCCGCGCAAGUCACCGUACUUGUUGUAGAGCACACGGUGGGAAUCGUCGGUUGCGACGGUCAGACUGCCAGCAAGAGGAUCUGAACACUUGUUGUUCGCAGCAUCUGCCUGAAUUACUAUGAAGGCAGCACCAGUAUAAGUAGAAGGUGAGAACCCACUAAGUGUCCUCAUCAACUCCCUCAUUUGGAAGAGCAUGACCAAUCCGUCUGCGACAAGACUAUUGAAUGCUUUGCAGGCUUUUGAACUGUCCGACCAAUGAUGCACUAGCGUCUCCACUCGGAGGUUGCCAGCCCCUACGUGUGUGUGAAGUCGUCCUUUUUGUGGAGCACUCCAGUUUCGUCGCAGUUGCAACUUUUCUUCAAUGAAAUACCCAUAAGGGGAUGAUGGUUGAACGGCACCCGGCCGAGAAACUCUCCGCGACCCGAACACAAUGCUGGUUUGACUUUCAGUUAUCCACUGUUUAACAAUCCGCAGGAUUUUGAGCACUGAACAAGGAAAAUGCUAACAGUUGGUUUUUUCGAAGCCUCAGUCUGCCGAUGUAUUUUUGGUUGGUCUUUCAGAGGAGCCCUUUCCGACGCUGCUAAUCUUCGGCGUCAUCAGUCUGAUAUCUGGAGACCCAUCCGUCCGCUCGACCGGAAGGCCAGUUGUAACUAGACGGUGGUUGCUUCUGGCUCGCCGCUUUGAACUUGAGGUUGAUUUUCGGCAAACUGCGUACCCAGAAGUGGGCGUCUCCGUUCAACCUUCCGACACAAACUGUGUUCAGGCCCGAGAUCUGCUUCUUUCACCUGCACUUGCCCCCAGCAAGUCCAAGUUUAGAGCUGGGGGCUAUAGCUCUGCGAUUGACCAAACCGGUUAAGUUGAGACCCGUCAGGUACCCAUUCGUCGGCGUUUUGGCGUGAAGAUCGUUUCCAGUGGUUGCUGGGUUGGAAAUUGGACACCACCACACUUCUCUCUGAAAGACCACAUUAAGGUCCCUGCGUUGUAUCGGAAUCCCUAUCGUGACUUGCGCGACGUGCAAAAAAGCGACUAGCUUUCCGGGGGCUUUUCUGUCUGAUGCCAGUAGUUUUAUUUGUGUCAACAUUUUGACAGGAAUAGUUUACUCAUGUAAUAAAACAAGCUAGCUCGACAAACCCACGCCGAGAACGCAACAACUAAUCUCCCUCGACGUAGGACUCAUUUCGCGUCCACUGACCUCAACUCUAACCCUCGCUCCUGGCUGUCACGGAGGUUAGUUGGCCCUUCGAGUAUGCAUAAUUAUCCUAAUGAGACGAAACUAAGAGGCUGGUUACGGGCCAGCAAACACGUCGACUAACGUCCCCCCCCCUCCUCCCUCUUGUGCACCAAAGUAGGCCAACGUCAUUAAUUUCUCAACCCUGCACGGUGCACAAUGUUGACCUUAAUUCGGCUUCGCUGCCACCCGGUCGCAUUGACCGUAUGGCCCGCGCCAAUUGCUGUCCGCCAAUCAGCUUACGCGUCAUCUACCCUCCCUGAACCAAGCUGCGCCAAGUCUACAGUGCAUACCCAAACUGGGUAAACUUGCCAAAAUUGUCGAGAAAAAAUCCGAACACACAAGGCACCAAUUAUGCAUUCCUCUACACUAAAAACUGGCAAGUAGUGCGCAGUCCCCUGUAAAACGGCAAUGAAAAGGGCCUGAGCUGCUAUCAGGUAGCAUCGAAAGAGCGCAGUGUGGAGCAGAAAUGGGAAUGUUAAAAACAGGUUAUCGUAGCGGCGCCAAAGUAACGCUACAAUUUACGUUCGGUGCGUGUGAUUGAAUAAAUAGAAGGAGAGGUAUCAAGAGUCUGCACACCUACUACCUCGAAUAUCCGAACCAAGUAGUGAAUGCGAUUAAAAGUCAGACCCCGUUUGAUUUAGGAAUGCAGGCUUGGUCUUCUAAAAUUACCGUUUCCUCUCGUUGAUUGAGAAGACUUUCUAAUUCGAAGGCAUCGUAUUCAUGUUGUCUUUAGUGGGUCGCCGCAUUAUGGCCAUCAAAUGACAAAAACCCAGGGGAAUUUUUUCGUUUUUCUAUGCUUUCUGGAAAGUUCACUGCAAAGAUAACGACCUACGUUAUCUAGAAUGAGGGUUUGUCACACGAGUAAAUGAACUUAUAGAACGAACCUCAGCGAUCGAUGAACUCAGGAGAUAAAAAACACUUUGCCAAGUUUUUUUGAUAAUCAAAUGUGUGUUGUUGUGACGGUGCAGAAACGCAGACGGAUUUUAUUUAUAAAUUUUCAAGCCAUAAUCAAAUAUGGCAUCGAUCCUUUGUCGCAGAACGUUGCUAUUUUUAUUUGAAAUGCUCUCUAACGACCAGGGUAAUCGGAGCUAGUUGGUUAACAAGAGGAAUUAAGUUUGUACAUUGCAGCGACUGUUUUUCAGUGAAGUCACUUUCGUACCUAAACACCGACUGCAGUCUUAUUCGGGUAAUUUUUACCCUGAGUAAACCGCCUUAUUAAUAAGCCUAGUUUUGAUUACUGAAUUUGCUAAGACUUUCUAACGGACAAGAUUAUGCUCCGAGGAAGUAUGUUGAUGGUGUUAGAAAUGGGAGCUUUCGAGGCUGGCUUUAGCAGUCGGAAAACACACGUUUUGUCAUCUGUCUGAGACCAGGGAAGAAAGCCUUUGGAGUCCACUUCUGUUGUUAGACAUCUCAGUGAUAGACUGCUGAAGACGACGGCCUGAGUUGACAGUUGUAUAUUCUGCAGUCUUUGCCAUCGGAGGACGAAGUGUGUUUGCCCUCAGACAACAGUCGGACCUGUGGACGCACAUUCUAUUGUCAGUCACCCGUCCCUUACUGCCCUUUCGUAAAGAAAAGGUCAGUAAUACGCAUGGAGACCGUAAGAGUUCAUACUAAUCAUCCGCUCUGCUAGGUUAGAUAAUUACGCCAACUCGCGAACACGGGCCUAACUGUUGGCUACCACAGGUGGUGGAUAAUGGGACAGUCUUCAGCGAUAGUUGGACGCGGAAUAAGUUGGCUUUCGGACAUGACGAAUAAGCAGUCGCAGAAUGGCAGCGAUAUUGCCUCUAGGAUGCGGAGGACCCUGAGCUGGUCUGCCGACUACCCUAGGAAGUACCGCAGAGCCCAAUAGCGUUAUUGGAACAUGGCCGUAAGGGUUACUUGUAUGGCUCCUUAUGCAGGUCACGGGAAUAGGAAGGCCCUGCUUAAGUAAUAAAAGUGGCCGGACACACAAUCUCAGGAAGUGUAAAUAUUUCCGUUUCUUAACACUAGCCGUAACACAGACCUAGACCGUCGUCCUAAUCUUAACCCUAACCCUACCUUAAACCCUAACACAGCAGUUAACACUGACCCUAGCCGUAGCCCUUCACUUAACCCCAAACCUAACCCUAACUUCCCUGGAAUUUGGCGCAAAGCCACCUGUAUUGCGAGCGCUUCCUGUUCUUAUGCCCUGUUUAGGGAGCCAAUAUAAAUAACCCUUACGUUCGGAAGCGAACUAGUUUCCCGCCUCAGUCGAUUUUGGGUUUUAAAUCUGUCGAAUUCGUCCGUAGCUCUCACUCCACUCCCACCCUAAGCCUUACGUCUUCAGUCAACAGUAGUCCUUACCUUGACUCCAACUUACCUAGUUCUUGACUUAGUCCUACCUAUGGCCUUAAACCUAACCAUAUUUCCUUGGAAUUUCGCCCGAAGCCCCCCGUAUUGUGGGCGGUUCCUGUUCUUAUAUCCUGCUCGAGGUGCCAAGUAAGUAAUCCUUACUGAUGUGGUGAUCCUGAACUACUACUAAAUGUGUUUGUUUUUCGCGGCUGCCUUGUGCUAGAGUGUUGGGCCAAGGCGCUGGAGUAGACAACCUUGAGCAAACAAUCAGAGCGGCUGUUAGGGACACGCUUGUACUCAAACUUCCAGAGAAAUCUCGUGAACAUGUCUGAUUCAACCACUGCGACCCAUUCUGUAACGUUUGCGGGUACCAACGCGCUCCACAACCCUGGUCCAGUGGUGCGGGCGAAUAGCGUGUGCCCAGGUCUGCUCAAUCAGGAACGAGCUCUUGAUAUUGGAUGUUGGAAUAUGCGAGCGUCUCUUCGACCUAUUGCUCGAAGUCUGCCAGUGCACAGUCUUAGCAGGCACACCCUUGGGCUCGACGCACCAUCUCCAUCGCCAGAGAGAUCUGCAUGUAUAGGACAUCUGUUCGGUCAGUCCUCUGGUGUGGUUCACAAAACUGGGCUAUCGGAAACUGUAGGUGAUUAAUGACCGUUGCCUGAGAACCAUCCUUCGGAUGAAGUACGCUAACUUCGCCUCUAGUCAGACAGUUCGCACUUACUACGGCAAGAUUGGAGCAUAUCGCAUGUCAUCGAAGAAAUACGAAUGAGGUUGUUUGGGCAUUUUCCAUGAGUUCAGUGUUGCUGUCUAACUUGAAGGCGUAGGAUGGGUGAUCAUCUCAAAAUCCAAAUCAUGACAGUCCGUCGAGGUAGGGGGGUGGUGCUUAUACCUCCGGCUUUCAGCUUCGGUUUCUGGAUAAGAGGGUGGAGCGGGCUCUCCGGAUCCGCUGCUGCAAAUAAUUAGGCGUGGAGAGAUACAAUCCGCGACAUCACCGAGACCGGCUAGAUCAGGCGUGAUAACAACCGUACGAAGUAGAAGCAAGGUUGGAGCACAUGCAGCAUGGUAUUUAUGUAUUCGCGGCUCUUGUUUUCGCUUUCGAUCUCUGCAUAGCAGAGACUAGCGAUCCUUUUGGCGGAUUAAGGUGCGUCAAAAUUCAUCUCUUAUCCUUUAACUACCCUCGCGUGCCAUGUUUUUGAGACCUGUGUGUUUGACGCACUUCAUGGAUGACGUCAAAAUAUUAAAGGGCUUUUUCCUCUCUCUCCUGCCCAGACUUGUCUGCAUCAAAACUGGCGAACUUGAAAGUAAAUGUAACCAGAUCAACGUCAGUCGUUUCUGCGAUUGGCAGGAAGGCAAGCUGGAUGUGAGGGAUUGUCCGAUGAGAUCAAUAAGAGUCCUUUGAUAGUAUACAGGCUCCAUUGUGUGCGGACGAUGAAGUUGGCUGGAUAGUUGAACCCUCUUAUACCUUCACAAGUACCUAUAGCAGUAGUUCCGCUUCCUUCCACGUACGACUGCAGACAUUGUCUGCAAUAACCCCCAAACAUUAGCUCUUAUGCGGCAAUCUGCUGAGAGCGGCGUACGCGUCUCAAGUUAGCAUCGAUCGAUAUUCGGGAGGCAAGAUAGAGUCUAAUAGUCCAACCCCCAGUUUAUACCAGUAAAUAAAAGGGGACAUUAGCUGAAGAAUGUACUGCAGUGACGCAGGAAGAAAUCAUAGAUGUGGAAAGAACAACGGCUGGGUUUCACCUGCCAUUUUUAGACCUCUCUGCUUCCCCGCGUCUUCCGCAGAAGUCACUUUAGUUUUCAUUAAUCUUGCGUUAGAUAAAAGAGAUGCAGCGACGACGCAGGAGGGUGAGGAGAAUGAGGAGGCUGAUGAAGAGGAUCCUGGUAGCUACAAUUUCUAG